AUGGACUCCCAAUACAUAAUCGCCUCUCCCUCUGCACUCUCCAAACUCGCCAGCUCCAUCUCCUCGUCCCUUAUACCCUUCCCCAUCCCAACCAUCGAACUACAACUGCUCGCACCUUUAGCUACACCCGCAGAGCUAGAACGCAGUCUCGCCUCCCACUCAACCUUCUCAUGCCACGCCUACAACAACAACCCCGUCAAGAAAAAUGCCAUAAAAGUCCUUUCCACAACACCACUAUUCCAAUCCUGGCGAAAAGUGUGGUCUGAGUUCCCGCUUGGUGCUGUUGAGACUUUCAUCUUCGACAUCACUCUGCCUCCUUCGAAUUUUGAGGCAGAUGAAUCAGAAAUUCACUGGAGGAACUCUGUCCCUGAAAUUGGAGGGCUGGCUGUGGAGGAGAACAGAGUGCAACAAGCAGUGGUGGAACUCGCUACUGUUAUGAGGGUGAGGAGUAAAGGGGAGGCAAAGUUUGGACUGAAAGGAGUGGAAGAGCAUGGGAAUGGGCGAGCGAAGAAAGGAAGUAGAAGAGGCAAUGAAUUUGGCGGCUUAGAGAAUAUUCUUCAACGGUUGUCGACACAAGAGACUGAGAUUGAUUGA